CACGCGCCUGGCCUUGCUAUUCAUUGCCCUGACGUGGGCCUACUCCUUGAUUGUAUCACUGCCUCCAGCUAUAGGCUGGAAUUCAUACGUCUUGGAGGGAACCGGAACAGCAUGUUCCGUAGACUGGACCUCCAACGAACCGGGCGACUCGUCUUACAUCAUAUUCAUUUUCGUCAUGGUUCUGGUCAUUCCAUUUUCGCUGAUUGUGGGCUCCUACACACUGCUCAUCUAUGCCGUCAAAAAGAUCGCAUCCAGUGAGGCGGCGCGAUCUUCUCAGCACAAAGCCGACAAGAAGGUCACCAUAUUGGUAGUCGUCAUGAUCUCGUGCUUUCUGGUAGCCUGGACGCCAUACUCGGUGUUUUCUCUGUACGUGGCGGCCAGUAAGAACAACACUGUCUCGCCGGUCGCUGCCUCGAUACCCGCCAUGUUCGCAAAGGCUUGCACCGUCUACAAUCCCAUCAUCUACUUUCUGUUAAACCAACAGUUCAAGGACGCAUUCAUUGAUAUGAUGUGCUGUGGACGCAAUCCAUUCAGUAAUGAUGAUGUCAUAGACGACACAGCAAGAACGAGAGCCCUCAGACAGGCUACUCGCCAGCCUAGAAACAUCACAGGUACGGACAACCGGCCUGGACGUGAGGACAUCUCGGCUAGCCUCGGCACCCAGAUGUCGGAGAUUGGGGCAACUCCUGCCAUGCCGCGACGCCCCGUCAAGAUCGCCGACUGGGGCGCCAAGAGCUCCAAGGACGAUCAACCUCAGCCCGCCCUAGAGAAGAAAGUGGAGGAAGGGGAAACCCAAGGCGUGAUGGAGACUCCGGUGGAGGUCUUCCAGGUGGACGAAGAGUCUCUGGACGAACAGCAGGCCGCCAAGAACGAACAGGUCAAAAAGCACAGUCGGGGAUUUCAUAAAAGUCGCAAGGUUUGCCCAGUCGAACAACCUGAUGUUGAGGAGGCAUGAACAAGAAUAACAGAAGACUUUCAGAAUUCUUAGGGUGUGAGACACUUUAUUUUAUGAAUUGCUCAGACUUAUACUUUCGGAUGGGUUUGUUUUUUGUAAAUACGAGAUGACCCGCAUGAAAAUAAUUGUUCAAUUUGGGAAGACGCUUUAAUAUGCGAAGUGUGUAAUAAUCUUGCGAUUGUGAAGUUUACAUGUUGAUUUUUUCAUACAGUGAAUUCAAAUUUUCGUUUGAAAUUGAUGCAUAUUUAAACCUUUGGUUUCCCGCCAGGAUAGAUAUCUGAUCCCUUACACAUACUUCUUGAGACGAUAACGGAUUUGUUCACGGCAUUUUAUUUUACCAGCUAUACCCUCUCAGCGUUUUAUCUUUAAAGAGCCCAUGCAAUGUGUUUUUUUUAAUCCAAUCCUUGAAUAUUUGCCAAUUUGCAAGGGUAUUUUGGUGCCUUUUUGUUUGUUAUGCUAACGCGAUUUUCCAGAUUCAUGAGCAACAGUUUAAUGUGUAAUUUCAGGCAGAAACCUCCAUGUAACAGCUAUUUCAGCACCAGAAGUUGCCAGCAUUUUG